AUGGAGGUCAUGGCUUUCUUGAAGACAUUACAUGGUGAAAAUUGUAGCUUGUCUCUAAGGAUUCCAAACCCUUUUGGACCGAAAACCGUGGCUUCUCCAUCUUCCAAAAAACCAAAGAAUGGAGUUGAAGAAGAAGAAACCCUGGAUGAUCGUAUCAGUCAGUUGCCAGACUCACUCCUUAUACAAAUUCUGUCUCUUUUGUGGACCAAAGAUGCUGUCUCAUCAUGUGUUCUCUCAAAGAGGUGGCAGUAUCUCUGGACUUCUGUUUAUAACUUCAAUUUCGUUGCUGAAGCAUUUAAGAAAGCAGAAAACUUCAUCUCCUUUGUGGACCACGUUUUAACUCAUUCUAGUUGCUCCAAAAUAAAAAAAAUCUAUCUCUUUUCAUUAGUAGUUCCCGAAAGGGACCUGAAAAUCAGCCAAUGGCUGAGUUUUGCUGUGGAAAACAAAGUGGAAGAUGUUAUGUUAUACGCAUUUGCAUUAGCUGAAUAUCUCUCUUAUGAAUUGCCUCUAUCUAUUUACACUUGUUCGUCAUUGGUUACAUUAAAUUUGAGCCGUUGGGUGUUUGAUAAACGACUGAUUUUAGCUUGGAACUCUCUAAAGAGUCUAAAGGUGCGGACCAUAAGGUUAGACGAUGACGAUAUUGUGAAAUUACUGUCAAGUUGUCCUGCUUUGGAAAUUUUGGAGUUGUCAAUGUUCGGGGGUUUUCGUCGUCUAGAAAUCAAUUCUUCAAAUUUAAUCUCAAGUGUAGGCUAGUGAAUGUCUCCUCUUUGGUUACUGCCAACUUGACUUUUAACAUUUGUUGUACCACCGUUGAUG